AUGCCUCCCGACAGAACGUUUUGGAACGACAAGAGUGCCUCCUCCUCAACAACAGCAAUAUCUGCCUCCAAAGAUCGAUCACCGUUAUCCGGCGACACUCGCCACCACUACUCGUAUGUCAUUGUGGGAUCUGGAAUGGCGGGAUUGCAUACUGCCUUGGCACUGGCAGAACGACAACAAUCCAAGGGAGGAAAUAUUCUCCUCUUGGAUGCUCAUUCCAUCGGUCAAUCCGCCUCUGGGAAAUCCAAGGGUUUGGUGGUCCCUGGAAUACAAGUUCCAGAAAAAGACUUGGCACGAAUCUGUGGUUCCACCCACAUUGCCAAGCAAGUCUAUGAUUUAACCCACAAGGCAGCAAUACGGUUGAAAGAGGAUAUUGUGGAGCGGUACAAGAUUGAUUGUGAUUGGGUGGAUGCGGGUCUGGUGGAAGCGAGUUUGUACAAGCAUAAUGACAGCCACCAAGAUGAGGAGUGCCAUCCUCUGACGGCUGCGGAAACUCGACAACUGCUGGGUCAACCCAAUACAUCUACCUUGUACAAGUCUGGAGAAUACGAUCCUUCCUGCUCUGGAGUGGAUCCUUUGGCUCUGACUCGUGGGUUGGCCACGGUCCUAGAAAACCAAUGGAAUGUACGGAUAUGCGAACAAACCAAGGUGACAACAAUUGAUGCUAUUCCAACACUGCCUCCAGACGAAGCAUCCAACCGCACUGAAACAAAUCCAGCCUCCAAGUACGUGGUGACAACCGAAGCAGGGGCUCAAAUCGAAUGUCAACAUGUUGUCUUGUGCACGGGACCAGAGUUAGUGUCCAGGAAACUCUCGAAACAACUGGCAAAUGCCAUUAUCCCAAUCUACACCUGGAUGGCCUCCACAGUUCCCUUGAAUGAGCAAUGUCCUUUGAAAGAUGGUGUUAUUGACACUAUACUUCCUCCAGAUGUUUCACUGGACGACAGGGAAAAGGAGAAGAAGGAGCAACAACAACCCACACCGGCACCACUGUGCGGCGACGACUUUGUGAGUCUCAACUAUUGGAGACGUUCCAAGGACAGUCGCAUCCUCUUUGGUUCCUUGGCGGAUGCCUAUCCCAUUCCCCAAUGGCUGGCAGAGUAUCGGCUCCGCAAUUCUCUGCAUCAAGUCUAUCCACAAUUACAAAAUGUUCCUUUUGAUCAUAUUUGGAGUGGACGAUUGGCAUUCCCCCGCGAUGCCAUUCCACUGAUUGGACGAGAUGAAGGAUAUGACCAUCACGACAAUACUAGUACCAAUCCCACGGACGGAGGAGUGUGGUAUGCCACUGGAUUUGGUGGUCAUGGCAUUGUGCCGACAGUCAUGGCGGGUACCAUAUUGGCGGAUGCCAUUUUGGGGGUGGGCAACAAGGAUACAUGGCAACUGUUUCAGUGGGAGUUUCCACCCAAAUACUCCUUUUGGCCCGUGUCGCGGUUGGGCGCCCAAGCCAUUCUAAUGACUUACAGUUUGACGGAUUGGCUUCGUUUGAAGGGCGUUCCAAUUCCCAGACUGCCAAAACCAUGGUAG